UGGUUAGGGUUCAUGCUGCCAAUGGGGGUCCCCCAUCCCUCCCCACUCCCCUGGCUCCAGCUUAGAAUAGUAAAUACUAGGACUUGGGGAGGAGAAGGAGAGUGAUGGGGGUAUGAAGACGACCCUGAGGUGGGGAUGCCGCCCGGAGCACCAGCGAUCCCAGAGCAGGCACAGCUGACACAUCGGUGACCUUUUCCCUACAUUUGGCUAUUUUUAGCUCUAAUGCCACCAUCCUCACGAGACUCUCUGGGGCCCCCCAGGCUCCCAGACCUUUGAGCAACCUUCACGGCGCAGAAACCCAGCCCCGCCCUGCAAUUCCCACCGCGGAAGGCGGGUGGUCUGGUUCCCGCCCCACGUUUUUCCGGACCCCGAUUUGGGAGUGCCGACCAACCCCCAGGAUGGCGGAAGCGCACCAGGCCGUGGCCUUCCAGUUCACGGUGACCCCAGAGGGGGUCGACUUCCGGCUCAGUCGGGAGGCCCUGAAACACGUCUACCUGUCUGGGAUCAACUCCUGGAAGAAACGCCUGAUCCGCAUCAAGAAUGGCAUCCUCAGGGGCGUGUACCCUGGCAGCCCCACCAGCUGGCUGGUCGUCGUCAUGGCAACAGUGGGUUCCUCCUUCUGCAACGUGGACGUCUCCUUGGGGCUGGUCGGUUGCAUCCAGAGAUGCCUCCCUCAGGGGUGUGGCCCCUACCAGACCCCGCAGACCCGGGCACUUCUCAGCAUGGCCAUCUUCUCCACGGGCGUCUGGGUGACGGGCAUCUUCUUCUUCCGCCAAACCCUGAAGCUGCUUCUCUCCUACCAUGGGUGGAUGUUUGAGAUGCAUGGCAAGACCAGCAACUUGACCAGGAUCUGGGCUAUGUGUGUCCGCCUUCUAUCCAGCCGGCACCCCAUGCUCUACAGCUUCCAGACAUCUCUGCCCAAGCUUCCUGUGCCCAGGGUGUCAGCCACAAUUCAGCGGUACCUAGAGUCUGUGCGCCCCUUGUUGGAUGAUGAGGAAUAUUACCGCAUGGAGAUGCUGGCCAAAGAAUUCCAGAACAAGACUGCCCCCAGGCUGCAGAAAUACCUGGUGCUCAAGUCAUGGUGGGCGAGUAACUAUGUGAGUGACUGGUGGGAAGAGUACAUCUACCUUCGAGGCAGGAGCCCUCUCAUGGUGAACAGCAACUACUAUGUCAUGGACCUUGUGCUCAUCAAGAAUACAGAUGUGCAGGCAGCCCGCCUGGGAAACACCAUCCACGCCAUGAUCAUGUAUCGCCGUAAACUGGACCGUGAAGAAAUCAAGCCUGUGAUGGCACUAGGCAUAGUGCCCAUGUGCUCCUAUCAGAUGGAGAGGAUGUUCAACACCACUCGGGUCCCGGGCAAGGAGACAGAUGUGCUGCAGCACCUCUCAGACAGCCGGCACGUGGCUGUCUACCACAAGGGACGCUUCUUCAAGCUGUGGCUCUAUGAGGGCUCCCGUCUGCUCAAGCCUCAGGAUCUGGAGAUGCAGUUCCAGAGGAUCCUGGACGACCCCUCCCCACCUCAGCCUGGGGAGGAGAAGCUGGCAGCCCUCACUGCAGGAGGAAGGGUGGAGUGGGCGCAGGCACGCCAGGCCUUCUUUAGCUCUGGAAAGAACAAGGCUGCCUUGGAGGCCAUCGAGCGUGCCGCUUUCUUCGUGGCCCUGGAUGAGGAGUCCUACCGCUAUGACCCCGAAGACGAGGCCAGCCUCAGCCUCUAUGGCAAGGCCCUGCUACAUGGCAACUGCUACAACAGGUGGUUUGACAAAUCCUUCACUCUUAUUUCCUUCAAGAAUGGCCAGCUAGGUCUCAAUGCAGAGCAUGCGUGGGCAGAUGCUCCCAUCAUUGGGCACCUCUGGGAGUUUGUCCUGGGCACAGACAGCUUCCACCUGGGCUACACGGAGACUGGGCACUGCCUGGGCAAACCAAACCCUGCGCUCCCACCUCCUACGCGGCUGCAGUGGGACAUUCCAAAACAGUGCCAGGCGGUCAUCGAGAGUUCCUACCAGGUGGCCAAGGCGCUGGCAGACGAUGUGGAGCUGUACUGCUUCCAGUUCCUGCCCUUUGGCAAAGGCCUCAUCAAGAAGUGCCGGACCAGCCCCGAUGCCUUUGUGCAGAUCGCACUGCAGCUGCUGGCACACUUCCGGGACAGGGGUAAGUUCUGCCUGACCUAUGAGGCCUCAAUGACGAGAAUGUUCCGGGAGGGACGGACUGAGACUGUGCGUUCCUGUACCAGCGAGUCCACAGCCUUUGUGCAGGCUAUGGUGGAGAAGUCCCACGCGAAAGCAGACCUGAGAGAUCUCUUCCAGAAAGCUGCUAAGAAGCACCAGAAUAUGUACCGCCUGGCCAUGACCGGGGCAGGGAUCGACAGGCACCUCUUCUGCCUUUACUUGGUCUCCAAGUACCUGGGAGUCAGCUCUCCUUUCCUUGCUGAGGUGCUCUCGGAACCCUGGCGUCUCUCCACCAGCCAGAUCCCCCAAUCCCAGAUCCGCAUGUUUGAUCCAGAGCAGCACCCCAAUCACCUGGGUGCUGGAGGUGGCUUUGGCCCUGUAGCAGAUGAUGGCUAUGGAGUUUCCUACAUGAUCGCGGGCGAGAACACGAUCUUCUUCCACAUCUCCAGCAAGUUCUCAAGCUCAGAGACGAAUGCCCAGCGCUUUGGAAACCACAUCCGCCAAGCCCUGCUGGACCUCGCUGAUCUUUUCCAAGUGCCCAAGACCGACAGCUGAAGCCCUUAGGUACCUGUGUUUUGUUUGGGAACUAGGAGGCCCUCCCCCUCCCGCAGCUCAGACCACAGAGGUGGCAAGAGAAGGGCUGAAGCUGGAAGACUGUUCAUGAGGGACUUGUGUGACCUGCUUUGAAAUGUGUGACUCUGCUGAGUGGCGUAGGCUCUGAGAUAGCUGUGUCCAUGCCCACGUGUUUGCUUGGAAUAAAUUCUUGCUUUAGAACCUUCA